CGGGCGUUUUUAUACAUGCGAAUUAUGUUAAACCGAUUUCCACUAAACUACUUUAAGGUGCUCGUGUAAACUUGGUAAUUAAAUCGUGAAUUCUUAUUGGCAGCUGCGGGUCACGUGACGUUAAAACUGUCAAUCUCCAUAACCUCAAAUUUCACCUCCUGUCAUGUCGUUCCAACACAAGAAGUAAACAAAUAAAAGUUUUUUUGGAAAAUAUUUUUUAGGAAAAAUGGUACUUCUGGAAAACGACGCUUUUUUGUUAGAGCUGCCGAAAUUGUUUCAAAAAGCUAAAGUUGACGGAUCUGUGACCAUUACAUUUAAAAGAUAUGAUGGUCGUGACAAGCCCAUUCCAAGAGCUGGAAAGCCACCACUGCCAGAACCAAAAGAGCACAUGUGCCUGGUAAGAGCGAAAUUCAGAAGCAAGAAAAUAGCCACAAUUGUUCACCAAAAAGACAUAAAUAAGUUCCAAGUAACUUACAGCGGUUUGCUCAAGAGCACUUAUGACGGACUGAAAAAGCUGAAGAAAAUGAAGGCCAAGAGUAAAGUUGACUCUUAGUUGCUAGUUUUAAUAAAAUGUUUUGGGUA